CUCAGCGAGUUUACGCGUGGUACGUUCCUCUAGUUUUGAAAGAGAGUCCUGAUAUUGUCCUCUAUUUCCUACAGAAUUAGAUAGCAGGUGAGUGCCAUUUUCGAAAUUGCGCUUUGGGUAUGCAGUUCAUGUUAAGUAGUAGAAAUAUCUUCGCUCGCAUGAUGUAGGAUUUCUGUUUUGAACUUUAUAUUUUCAAACUCAAGGUGAAAUAGUAGACCAUGUCAUACGUUAGGUCGCUUUCUUAUGCUUUACAGCAAUCGGUGUUAACGUAUUGAGAUCAACUACCUGCGAACUGAAAACAGACUAUCUUGAGGCAACUGUUUUCUUUCUUCAGCAAUAUCAUAAAAUAUGCAGUAUCAGCGAGUGUAAAACCCGAUUGAUUUUCAACGAACUGAGGUAUUAAACUGAACAUUUUCCACAUCUACUCACUUCUGUGCCGGAUCUUCAAGACAAUCAACUCGACUGAAGAAAUUGCCAGUUCGCUCAUCGAGGAAUACUAAAUUAAAACAUACAUAGCAAAAAGAUUGCAUCAGCAUGAGCAAGUGCAAAUUUUCAGCACACCGAAGCAAGUAAAAGAUUUUAACACCUCCCAGUUCUCAGAACUUCAAGAUGCUCAAAACGACUCAACUUUAUUUAUUUUAGUUUUACAUGAUUAGCUGCUACACUUAAAUUACCCGCUCGCUAAACGAGGUAUAAGUUUUUUCAACGAAAUGUCUUUAAUUUGUGAGUUGUGUUCUCGGGCUGUGUUAUAUCAAUUGGUCCCGGUUAAUCAAACGUAUAGUGCUAUCCACUGGAUAAAUCACUAUCCAGCAGAUAGGUUUUAGGGAAAGCAAUUGCGUUAUCAAUCUGGACCCUGAUAAGCUACGUAUACAGCUACGAUCAGCACCUAAUAAAGAACAAUCCCAGCAGUGUGAUGCAACAAUGAAAAUCUGUGCUAAAAGAUCCCGACCUCGUCGAAUUACGGGAAAAAUGCCUUAUAUUUCUCCCUUUCCUGCUCAAUUCUUAGAAUUACAAUAACUGUUGAAAUUUUCGUGCGCUCCUCUCUCCGGCGUUGUCGUGGGCAUAGAGAAUGAAAUAAUGGCGCGAUGAUUGCGCAAACAGGCAAACGUCUUCUGUUAUGCGCGCUUGAUUUUCGGAGAAACUUCACUAGGCGUUCAAAAAUUACAGUCGAAUGGGGUCUCCAGAGAAUCGUUUAAAGAUUUCCUUUUAUUAAUUUUCUCGGGCUCCGUUUUCAGGCAAAAUUAGAAUCGGCGCACAGUGAGUUUGUACAGUUCUAUACGUUUUUAAUCCAUAAUCGAAGUCUGAUCGACAAAACCUCUGUAAAAACUGAAAUCUUAAACCAUGGAGACGUCUUCAUAACCGAAGGUAAACACUGUCUUAAUUUUCUAAGAGCUGUAAAAUAAGACGCCGGUUAUUUUAAGUCAAGUUGGGUACUUUAUUUUUCUCUACAGGAAUUUUCCAUCUUGUUUGACUUUUGACUAACUUCUGAAAGUAAUUAUCAUGUUGUCCGAAAAGAGUCACUCAAUAUCUCCCGUGUAGGUAUAAUUAAUUCUAUUUAUAAAUGGAGUGACUUCUAAAACUGAGAUGAAAGGUGAUUUUAGAGAAAUCAUAACAUUUUUCUGAAAUCUCCAAGACUGUUAAGUACAUUUUAAUUUGUUUUUUUAAAAAAUAUUUAAAAUAACACGUUUCCUAGAAAAAUACACCUUCAAUACAGCUAUUAUGCAUCAUUGAACAUUUUUCACGGAAAAACAGGAAGUCUUAUGUCACGGGGACUUUCCCUGCGAAAUGAUUAAUCAAAUUAGUAUGUGUAAUCAAAUAGUGCAUGACGAGUGAAAUUAGGGAAUAAUUUCACGCGCUUUAUGUCCAAAUCCUAAUAAUUUCCCGAGCCUUUAGGCGAGGGAAAUUAUUCCCUAAUUUCACGAGUAUACCAUUUGAUUACCUGUUAAUAUCAUAGGUGACGAAUUACGUUAGCAAUCUUGGAUUUUUGACAUGUUUAUCCUGGAUCAUAUCGAUUGAAAACUCCAAUCUCUCGAACGUUUAGAGCUUAAAUUUGGCUUAAGUUCAGAAUUUUUCGACAAAAUACCUGUUAGAAUUCUUCUUGAUGUGCUCUUUCGUGUGUUCAGGUUUUCUAAAGCGUCUUUUUAUGCCCUGGCGUCUUCAUUCAUGAUAUUUUAAAACUUCGUCGCCAUCUUGACACUGAGACGUACGGAAGGUUGCCAUGUCAAUUUUGCAAUUUCACAUGUGAAAUUACAAAUUAUCACUGAAAUUUCGCGCCAAAAUUAAGGAGUAAUUCGUCACUUAUGAUAUUACAUUGUUAAAUCAUUCCUACGCGCCGGAAAAACCUACUGUAUUCAUGCGCAUUGAGAAAAGUUACAUGACAAAUACCCGAUAACAAGUCCUCAAGAUAUAUGUUAAAUAUAUUAAAAUAGAAUACUAAUAUUCAAUGACGUGUAAUUUUAAAAAUAUAGAAUUUUAAGAAGUAAAAUAUAUAUAUACACUCGUUUUCAAAAAGGUUGACGUAUAGGAAAUACAUAUAUCUUUUGUUUUCUCUUUUGUUUCGUUUCGUAUUCACAUAUCAACAAAAAAUGUAAUCUGUGUCUAUGGGAAAAAUUUUUUAUAAUUUAUAGGCCGAAAAUGUGAACACUUAAUCCGAACUGACAUCGAUCUGUAGACACUACAAGAAAUUCUUGUUAAAUACUUUGUUCACUUAAUAUAGAGUUCCCCGAUCGUUCAGCGCUUUUGGCGUCCAAAAACAUCUUGACAAAUCACGUUACUGGGCAUUGUUCCUUGUUAUCAUAUUUGUAUAUCUUUGAAUGUAACCGUAAUUGUUGUCAGUUGCCUGCUGAUUGCUUCGUGAGAAGCAUGAAACUCAGAGUUGCAAAUAAAUGUGUUUGAAUUAGUCCGACUCCAGAAAUCUAUAUUAUAUUCACAGCUCUGGUUUUACCAUUGAGCGCUUUUAUAGUAGAUGAAGUCUUCAGUUUAUCUGCUGCUAGUCAUAUAUAUAUGUUGUUGUUAAUUUUUUAUCUCCGGUAAUUUUUGUUUUUCUUUUGUUUUUGGGUAUGAUAAUGUAUGCUAACGAAGUUGAAACAAAGGAAAAACAAAAAUUACCUGAGAUAAAAAAUUAACUACAAAUAUAUAUACAGCUAUUUCGAGAAAGGUUGUCGGGAAAAGUGCACGCGACAAUCCUGAAGGGCAUUGUGGGUGGUUUUGAGUUCUCUUUUUUUCAAAGAAAUUUGAAAGAAUUGGCACGAAAGGAAAUGUUUUUGCGAGUGCUAAAGGAAAGCAACAAAAGUAGGUUCGACAGCUAUAGUCGUCAGGAACAGUGUAUUGAUCAUAUCCCAUAUUGCCUUUCGGGAUUGUCGCGUGCACAUUUUUUGCGACAACCAUUCUCGAAAUAGCUGUAUAUACGAUAAGAAAAAGAUGAGAAAAUAGAAUACAACUGUCCCCCGACCCUGAGGGGGAUAGUUGUUUUAGUAUUACCAAAUCAGUUAGAUAAAAGCGCCACUUAGAAGGAACUUUAUUAGAAACAUUUCGGAGAUUUUGUCAAGUGCAGUUUUACGCUUUUGUUGCAAAUUCAGCAUUACAAUAAUUUUCUACCUACCAGUAAACACCGACAAGCCAAAGUUCGUCGCUUUCUUGGUAUUUGUUUGUGCGACUGCUUCAUUUAUCCCUCAAAUUUUGUGUUUCGAAAAUGUCUCGAAGCGAGACGCCGUCUUGGCUCCGGUCGCAAAACAGUGAAUAGCCAAGGAUAUUCCGAGUUACGGGAGGCAAUCAAACCACGCGAAAAUUGCUAUUUACUAAUUUGGUUAAUAAUAAUAGAUAUUAUUAAAAACUGAAUCAUUGGAUAAUGCAAUUCUUGCAUUUUGAUUGGCUUAGCCGUUAUGGAAUAUGAGCUAUUAUACCAUGUUCUCCACAAAUGGUCGGUGUACGCGUCAGUUUAAAAUUGGAAGCUAGCUGAGAUUUUCGCGAAGGAUAGAACGGCGCCCGAAGCAAAUUGUUUUAAUUCAUUUCUUAGAAUACUAGAAAUGCAAUUUCAUCGAAAGAAAAAAGACAGAAACAAACAAAAAAGCCACAAGAGCUUGUUUGAAAGUUUGUCGAAAAACACAUGAAAACCAUGAAACUAAAGUACCUUGACCAGCUACGAAAGAAGACAGGUGCUGUUUCUUCAUGAUCGCGAAGCCAUUCGCCGAUCGGGUCACUCGCCGAUAGAUAACUGCGGCUUGUUUAUCCGACAUCAAGAAUAUAAAUCACAAGUAACCAGCUACAAAUACAUGCUAUGCAGCCAUUCACUAGAGCAAUCGAGGCGGAAGUAUAGCUUCUUUUCUCGUUCAGCAAAACCACUUUGUGGCUUCAAACAACUUCAUAACAAGCGACCGAGGUAAUAGUUUUUCUCGUUGUUCUUACUUUUAUAACUGCACCGAAAAUCCAAACUCACAGUAAUUUCGACGGCUGUGACUUAAAAAUUCUUUUCCUUCACAUUAUCUGCCCGGUUUUUUUAGCUGCUCUGCUGUGUAAAACCUAAAAGCCCGAUGAGUUUUUGAAAAACUAAUGUUCAUCGCUACAAUGUUUUGAUUUUUCAUUCAUGCAGUCCAGGCGAGUCCGUUCGCGCGUUGACAGUUUUGAUAGACGUGUGACAUGUGAAUAGCUGAAGUCCCUUGUCUUUUCCGGUUUGUUGUAGUCGGGGAGCUUCAACGAGAUUUUGUGGGCGUUUUUAAUAAAACAAUUAUUCCACUCGCGCUUGUUGGAUAUGAGAUGAUUAUAGUCAACUCGGCGCUACGCGCCUCGUUGGCUAUCUAUCAUCUCAUAUUCAACGCGCCCUCGUGGAAUAAUUGUUGAAUAUUUAAAAAGGAUGGCUCGUACCGUGAUAAUAUGAACUAAAUAGUGACACACACAGACUCCAUCCCACGGCCUUAAGCUAUUGUUGGACCGUGUUGGCUGACCUGAGGAAACUUUUUAAGUGAAGAUAAUCAAUACUAAAGCCAGGAAAAAGUGUAAAUAAAAGAAUACCAGCUCCAGCGCCAAGGAUUCAGAUGGAAUGCCAGUUAAACGAAUUGAUUCAAUUACGAAAUAUAAGAAAGAGUUCGGAAUAGAUGUUGUGGUUCAAGUUUAUCCUUGGGGUUAAUUUUACUUUCCAUUGUUUUAAGCUAACUAUCAGACAUUACCAUACCCAAAAACAAUUAUGGAACCACAACAUACAAAUGUAAAUAGUGAAAGAUAGAGUUACUAAAUAUGUGUAAACGGUAAAAAAGCCUUUCAGAAACAAUCAAAUGCAAGUAAAAUAGUCUUAUUUUAGCAGUAAAACUCAAACAAAUUUAACUAAAAAACUCAGCAUUAAUGCACCUUUUCAUUGUGUUAUAACCGCUAAUUAUUUUCAUUAAAUGUAAGAGCUGAGGUGGAACAGGAGCUAGGUCAUUAUUGCGAAUAAUAACCUACCAUUUCAUAAAUACAUUGAACGAGCUUGGUUUCAAAUAAAAUGAAACUACUAUGAGACUCCAACAAAUAUACGAUUGCAAGUGUUAAUGGGUAAUGACCUCUUUACAUUGCUAUUACAACUUCGAUUUCAGACCAGGAUUUGCUUCCUGCGACCGGGACCCCACCCCCCACACACACACACCCCCCUAAAUAACUUAUCGAAAUAUAUAUUGCACUAGGCGAAACUUGAUUGACAAAAUAACGUAAUUUGACGUCAUUAUGUCCAGUUGUGGAACUUAUGGCAGAAUCCGAAUUUCCCUCAAAGUGGACAGAAAGUGAAAAUUAAGAAGUGGGCUAAACAAUGAAUAAUCUUUAACAAAAGCAGUGAUAUCAUGAUUACACCAUUUAUUGCUCAAAAGUAACCGGGAUCAUCUGCCAUCUUAGAUCCGCCAUUUUGAGUUAAUUAAAUGUGUUUUUAAACACAUUUAAUUAACUCUUAAAAGGGAGGAUUAAGGAAGCAAAAAAAGUCUUUGAACUUAUCAAUUGAAAAACGAUAUCAAACUCAUCUCCUAUUGGUAUUAUAUCCUUUUUCGUGUGCAAUUUACGAGUUAGCAAAGGGAUCUAACCUGAAGUAUACUCUCUUGUUAGGAAUAUGUCCAGACUUGCCGGCUCCGCUAUUGCCCAGGGACCAAAUGUUGGCCGAAUCGAUCGGUGGUCACAGUGGAAACCAACGGAUGAAAGCACACUUUGGUUAUUGCUAUCAGGUGCCACGAAUCCACCAGAAGGGAUUGAAAUUUCGAAACGAAGACCAAGAGAUGCCCCUGAAGAUGGAAAUGGCGCAUUUCUUGCUGGUGUUACUCGUGAUUUAGUCAACAUGGAGGAUUUGGUUAGAUCAAAGCUGUAUAACACAGUUAAAGAUCUCUAUCUAACCAAAGACAGAGCCAUUGAGCAUAUUACUAAGUUUUUUAAAAUCUGCAAGGAUAAGGAAGCCUCACCUAUGUUGUACUACACUGGGCAUGGCGAGACUGGUACUGGCAACUGGUGUUUUGCUAAUGGGACAAUUAGUAUCGAAGAUAUUUCGGACCUGGUGCCUGUAGGAUGUUUCUACCCAACAAUAUUCAGUGACGCUUGUUAUAGUGGUCACUGGGCAAAUUUUUGUCUCAACAACGAAAUUGAAGGUUUUGAAUGUCUUGCAGCCUGUCCGGAAUACUCAAAUGCCUUUGAUACGGCAGGUGUGUUCAUUGUUCAUAAUUUCACUUCUUAAGGGGACCAAAAUGGGUUUAAUCCGACUGUCCCGAAAGUUAACUAUUUUGGAGCUGUUUUGCAAAACUGCAAAUGUAGAAUGUGCGUAUUAGUUAUUGUUAUUAUUAAUUUUUUUGCUCUACGUCUCAAAGUUCUUCAAUCAGGGAAUAUUUUCAUAAAUUUUAUAAACUUCUUUAAUUUUCUCUUGUAAGCUUGCUAAUUAUUUGGUCUUUUACUGUAAGUGAUUAAUUCAUAAGGCGGGUGCCCUUGUGUGAUCCUUUUUGUGGCAUCCAAGAUCAUGCGAUAAUUAUAUUCCACUGAUGGGUAAUUUGGAAGCGAGUAUACUGUUCUUAUCACUUUUGCUUUGGAAUAGAGACCAAAAACGUCUUUGUUAAAGUAAUUAUUAAGGUAGGCUGUAUUUUAUUGAAAAUUCUAUCGAGUAUUUAUCUUUUUGAAUCUUUUACCUGAAUUCCCGUACACAUCCUUUAUGUUCUCGGCCAAAACCACAUGUAUUAAUGAUUAAACUCUCAUACUGAGCUUGGGCCGGCUGCGCAUAUACGUGCAUACAACUCAGUUUACAGUUAUGAAAGGAGAAUAGUCCUAUAGAAAGGGAAUUAAGUUUCCCCUUAAAUCUUUGCAUAGAUAAAUGGUAAGUACUAAUUUGGUACUUAAAAAGACGAUUAUUCACCUAACUGUCGGUGAGAGUGGAUGAUAUUUAUGUUAUUGCACGGCUGUUGGUUAUUGGCAUGGGUUAGGCAAAACAUAAGGGCCGAGUUGUUCAAAGCUAGGUUAAGGUAACCCAGGGUUAGUGCGAGACUUUAAUUCAGAUUUGUAAGAUUAAAAAUCAUAUCAGUUUUAAAUUUUUUUUGUCUACAAGCUGAUGAUUAGAAGCUCUAACAAUAACAGAGAAAAUUAUCCGAGAAAAUGCUUUAGAACACAAGAGAAAGAAACCCAGGUUAAAUUUAACCCCGGGUUAAACCCUAAUCGGCCUUCGAACAACUGGGCCCAGGGUGUUUUCAAAGAAUAGAAUAUAUUGCAACUUGAUACCCGAAUAGUCCGUUUUUCCUAUUUCAGCCGUCUCUUUUCUGUAAGGGUUUCUGGCUAAAAUGCGGGAAAGAAAAAAAAAAGGUUGUCUAUAGUGGAAAGUGCGCUUAGCUUAUCCAGGUAGUUUACAGGCACUCCAUUCCAAUAAUUCUGAAACAAAUAAUGCAAAUAGAACAUUAAAAAAGAUUCUAGGGUGAGGGAUGGGAUAGUAUUCCUCCCUGUACAUCGGAAUGUUGAAUAUUGAAUUUGCCAUUUUUUUUUUCAUUUUUUGCCAUUUUUAGGUGAAGGUGGGGAUUUGACUCUGUUUAUGACUGGAAAGAAACCACGCCCAGAUACGGAACCAAUGUACAGUGGAGGAAAUUUGCACGAAUACCCAAUCAGCGAUGGAUACGACUUAAUUGAGUAUACUGAUUUCAUCCGCAGUUAUACUAUCAACUCACAAAGAAUUCUCAUUACUCAGAGCAUGCAUAAUGGCUACUUCUCUGCAUGUUUUGUAACUUCUACACUUUACAGUCCAAGACCUGCGGUCACUUGGUGGAUUCGUAGAGACUUAAGCUCCUUUCUUGCUUAUGUGAAAAAACAAUGGAAAAAGUCGAUGAGAAUAUAUUCCCUUGCAUGCGAUAAAAAAUUUGGUUUUGGAGUAUUCCUUAUGGAAAACUACGGUACAAAUCAAAUAAUUGCGACAAAAAAACGUGACAUUAAGAAUUUGUGGGCCGAUGGUUUUAAAGUUACUGCCUGUACUGCUCAGGGGUCAGCUUUCUAUGUCAUUAUGACACAAGGCACCGAGGAAUAUGAAGGCAAACACCAAAUAUAUUUUUCCCGCGAGACAUGGCCUGAGGUUGACACCAAAAUAGAGGAAGGUUACGAAAACGGAAAAGUUGUCACAGGUAUAUGUUACUUGACUGAGCUGGAGAAGUAUUUUGUUGUGAUGACAGAGAUGUCACAUGACCAGUGUUACUUCUGGCAAAAAAACUGCACCAAAGAAGCACACGUCGAAAGAGAAAAUUGGGUGAAAGAAAAAGAGAAUAUGGGAUACUAUCUUUCCAUCGUCUUUACUGAUCCCACUGACGACAACAUUUUGUUUGUGAUGACGGAGGACAAAAGUGUAAAAUCUUCGAAAUCUCAUGCGCUUUAUAGAAUGAAAACUUAAUUUAUCGCCCAAUCUUUAUCUGGGUGAGCUGUAUAUUACGUCUUGGGUGUGGAAAGAAAUACUUCCUAUAUCCUGUUGUAGACUAUGCGCUCGUUAGUCGUUACUGAGCCCACCCCCCUGAACGUUUAGGUUUCCAAGACGUUCUUUAAUAUUUAGUUGGCAUUCUCAUUUUUUUUUCGUUCUUAAAGUCGAUUUAAAAAAUUAGUGAAUCUCUCCAAAAUGUUUUUGCCUUAUCACUGCGGUGUGUAUGUGGCUGUCUUCUAAUAAGCGUGAUCUUGAAAGUUGCGAUGAUAUUUGCAAGUUUUUUUUCUCCUUCUUUAUAGGAGACCACCCAGCGGCCAAGGCCAGCCAAUAGGGAUUCCGAGGAAGUAUUUCCUUUUGUCUUAAUAAAAACUAAAACUUAACUCUACGUAAAUUAAUACAUAUAAAAGACUGGGAGUAGAAAAAAAAUCAAAACAAACAAAAAAUCCAAGAAUACUAACUUAUGUUAGGACGGUGCUUCAACUAGAUGUCGUAGAUUUUCGGUUCUUUGAUGCAGAUAAUUUUGAUACAUCCAUAGUUAGAGAAAAGAUGCGCCAAUAACCAAAAAACGUGUUUUUACUUUUAUUAGCAUUAACCACAAUCUGAGAGAGAGACAGGGAGAGAGAGAAAGAGAGAAAUGAUGUCAAUAUUGUUAUUAUAAUUGUAAGAAUUGACUUUGGUUAAAGAACGCAUGCAAUGAAAACACAAUUUUGAACGUGAUUAAUGGAAUGAUUCGAAAAAUUGUAGAUAAAUUGUAUUUUUUGAUUGGAGACAAC